AAACGCACCUUUAGCAUAUUUUUUCGGCCAUUUCCGGUUGUGUGUUUUACAGACGCUCCGUGUCUCUCUGAAGCUAUUGUCGUUUUUAAGUUGAAGGCUAUAUCUAAGUCUCAUUUAUGGAGCGAUAAGUAAUUUUCAUUAUUAUACAGUUUUUUUGUUCGUUUCAAAAUACGUGUGUGAUGUGGUAGCAUGAUAGUAAUGACAAGCAGCAAAACCCAUCCCAUCGAGAGAAAACCUGACGGUUGUGUAAAUAGCGCGUAGUGGUGUCUGCGCGUAUGUUAUGCGCAUUCGGGGACAGAUGAGCGCGGGAUCGUGCUACUCAGACGCAAGGGGACUGUAGAACGGGUGCUUAUGCGAGGAUACGUUGAAUGGAGUUUAUACGAAGUGUCGGGUAACGUAAAAUUAACGUUUUUCACGCGUCAUUUGUUAAAGCACGCGGCAUAAGGGUUUGGUCCCGAAAGGGCCUCACGAUGGACGGGGCCAGCGUGAAUGGCGGGAACGCCGAUGAGGUGCGCGAGAAUUCUAACCUAGAAAUGACUGAAAUGCUGGAGUUUGAAGAGAUGCCAAUUAAAGUUGAAUCAACUAUAAAAAUGGACUGUCAAGAAGUGAACGGCGACGUUAAAAGUUCACCGAAAAAGAGUCCGCCGCCGGUUGUUAGAAGAAAGUUACGAAAAUUCAAAGCCAAUUCAACUAGUACCAUUGAAAGUGAUACAAGUACAAAAGGACGCAAGCGGAAGCUUUCGGAACCCGAUGAUGUUAGCUCUGAGGAGUCAAUGGAAUUCAAUGGAUUCGAUGUACAGGGAGAUAAUGAAAUGGAAACAGGAAGUCACGUUCUGAGAAAACUAAUUGCUGAAGCUGAAGUAGCAGAAGCUCAAUUGGCAAAACGGUUUAGAUAUAGUACAAGAAAAAAUUUUGAUGGAAGGAACGAUGAUGAUUCAGAUGACAAUAGGAUGCAUAGUUACGAUUCGGAACAUAUAUUAGAUAUAGAUAAGAUAAAAAAGGAAAAGGAGUCUGAUAAAUCUGAAACGGAUUCGAUUGGUUUACCAAAUACUAUGGAGUCUGAAACAGAAGUACAAAAAACAGAAGAAGCUUCAAUUAAGUCUACAAAUUCAUCUGCUACUAGUAGUCCAGCAACAUCGCAGAAAUCUAAAGGUCGUAUGGCACGUGGGGUUAGUCCAGGAAGUACAGCAAAACAAAAACUGACUGUUGAUAUGACAAAUCCUGCAUUCAAAGAACCUUUCAAAUAUGGUUGGAAGCGAGAAUUAGUAUUUAGAGCAAGUACUGAUUCAACCCUCAAAAGAAUGGCAGAUAUUUACUACUAUACACCAAAGGGAAAGAAAGUGAGAAGUUUUAGAGAAGUUGCAGAAUUUCUUAAUACGAAAGAGUUAACUAUUGAUAAUUUUACGUUCUUCAAAGAACCAAUUGGCAUUGAUGAUCCAGAGAAGGAAAUUAUUCGAGAUGCAAAAAGAAUGAGAGGAUCUAUGGGAACAGCUCCUUCCAGAAAAAGCUUUGCAUAUAAGAAAAGUACACCUGGAAGGAGGGCUGCAGAACCACCACCGGCUGCUCCUGUAUCUGUGCCCACAAAAGCUAAAUCACCGAAAACUCCAACUACAGGGUUUAAAGUCAAAGUGCCUGGAAAGAGAACUCCACAAAUAACAGAAAUAAAAUCUUCCGAAGAAAGCGAGAUGCUUCCACCUCAAAGAACCACAAGCACAAGAAGAAGUCAGCAAAUAGUAGAAAAACCACCACCUCCUAAGCCCAAGAGACAACUAACGCCCAAAGUUCAAGAACCGUGCAGUAUAAGAUGUUCAACGAGUAUGGGGUUGAUACCGAGCUUACAAUGUAGCGUGUGUCUGUGUUUAUAUCAUCCUGAAUGUGUUGAUGGUAUGGAAUUCGCGGGAAAUGAUGAUUACGUUUGCAAGAACUGUCAGCAGGAUACUAAUGAAUCUCAGCAAUCUCAAACAAAUCCAUCUUUGACACCUCCUCCACUGAUACCGAUUAGUAUGUUAGGCACGCAAAAUGCGAAAACGAAGCAUCAAGCAAAUUCAACUCCACCAAAAUUGCAAAGAAUCCCAAAAUCCGACAGUGCAGAUUCACAGUUACGAAAUGUUACUAAAGUUACGAAAGUACCUCCUUCAGCAACAUAUUCUCCUUCAAAUUCAGAAAAAAAAGAGAGCAGUUGGUAUUCUCAGACAGAAAAUGAAUUUUUACAAAGUCACGAUGGAACUUUACCGAAACCAGCUCAAAAUAUUGCACUGAUGGGAGGCAAAAAAUACAUUGUUGUACCAAAAAAUAAUGCCAUGGCUGUUCAACCAGCUAUAACAGUGAAACCUGAUAAAAUUGGUGAUAAACCUCCAAUACUUCAGGAUGGAUCGUUUACCGAUAUUUCAAACGCCGCUGAAAAUUCAUUGACCGCAAGGUCACACUGUACUUCGACAAAUUCAUUAGGCAAGGAUAUCGAUAAGUUAAAUGAUAAGAAUAUAUCAAAAGAUAUUACACGUACAGAAAUCACUGCAUGUACUGUGGAGGAACAAAGAGAAGAAACGUGCAAUAACAGUAAUAAAACAGAAACGUUAAGUGUAAAUAAAUCAGAAAACGAUAGAUCUAAUCUAAAGAUAGAUCAUACAGUAGAACCCGAGAAAUUAGUUACAACUAAUAAAUCUCCUGACAGGACGACGUUAGUAAAUAAUUUAAAUACAAUUAGCAAUGAUAAAAUUGAUUCGUCUCAGUCAGUCACAACUAGUUUGGGUACUAUUAAAAUAAGUAGCAAAAGGAAGCAAAACCAACAGGAAACAGAACAGCAACAACAUUUUAUGGAUUCGGUCUGUGCUGGAUAUCAUGCGUUACUACGUAUAUUCCAGUAUCUUAAGGUUCAAGAAUUACUUCGAGCUGCUAGGGUGUGUAAAAUGUGGAGGGACUUAGCUGCACAUCCUUCAUUGUGGAAAACUGUGCGAAUGAAAAAUAGUCAAGUAACAGAUUGGGAUGGUUUAGCAGAUACGUUGCAAAGGCGUGGUACUCAACAUUUAGAUCUACGAAAAAUGCUUGUAGCGGGCGAAUCCGAUAGCAUUUGGAAAAAGUUUUUGAUAGUUAUACCACGUGUAACUAGUCUCGUCAAACUAGAAUUGUGUAGAUGUCCUGUGAUGGUAGUGGAAGAAGUUAUAAGUAGCUGUCCCCAGUUGGAGGUAUUGAGUGCAAUGUCAAUAAAAUGCGAUACCUUAAAUUUGGAGUCAGUUGGAAAUCUUAAACGUUGCCAAGAGUUGAGGCUGAAGGCAAUAAGCGGAAUGUCUCUACAAGAAGAUCUCACGCCUUUACAAGAGUUAACGCAUUUAACGCAACUUAGUUUAACGUCUGUUAAAGAACUUGGAAAGAAAAAAAUCGAUAUUAUACAGAAUUUACCGAAUUUGGAAACAUUGGAAUUAGGAGAGUGUUCCGACUUUCCAGAUAAAUUUGGUACCACCGUUUUAAUAAAACUACAGAAAUUGGAGCGCCUUAGGCUUGAAAAAGGGCAAGGUUCGUGUUGCACAUUUGAUAUUUUAGAGGGUGUAUCUAAAUUACAAAAUUUAAGUCAAAUGGAAUUGGUCAAUUUCGAUGUGAAAAACGGCUUCGACAAAUGUCUUGCAAAUUGUAAAAAUAUUAAAAGGCUAUUAAUUAUACCAACCUACAUAUCUCAGUCCGCAACGUCUAACAACAUGGUGCUUGGCGGUGUUACUGAAUUGUCGAAUAAUUUGACACAUUUUGUAUGGGGCGUUACGCUCGAGUUACUUAGGGUUACCGAAUUAUUUGUUGAUCAGUGUAAUUUGAUGAGUAAGCAAGUUACUGGUGAUUCAAUACCAGUUUUAAAACCAGUGCCCUGUUUAAAAUUAAUUGAAGAUGUAGAAGAUGAAAAUGACAAUCAAAAAGGUGAUGAUAAACAACCAAACUUAACAAAUCCGCAAGUGGAUAUAUUACCGUUACCACAACUUCAAAAACUCUUAUUAACUGCAUUGCCCAAAACACGUGUUAAAAUCUUAAAAAUUCCUUUCCACGCAACGUGGCGGCAAAGCAUUUCAGAUACUGCUACACAAUAGAAACGGGGAUUAAAUAGAAUUGUAUAAAUACACAUGCUACAAAGAGAAGAAAAUAACCUGACACAAGAAAAUUAGAAGUUUUUGUGAAUUUGACUACACAGUGUCUGCACAACUUAUUCCAGUAAUAGUGAAUCGGGACAAAAAGUAAUUUAAUAUUUAUGUAUUAUGUGUUUUGUAGUCUUCAACAAUUCCCCUUAAAUAGUGUACUGAUUACACUCUACGGUAAUUGCAAAUACUGUUUUCGUUCAAGUUUUUAGUGAUAAAAACAGGGGACCAUAAGUGCAUCGCGUACGGUUUUGGCUACAAAGCAAAAUUCCAUGAGAGGCUGGUAUCCUUGUGUAAAUCGUUUGAACAAAGAAAGUCUUAAAUUUUGUAGAUUAUUAUAUAUGAUGCUCCUUUCAUAUACGGUCAUCAGAUUAUUUGAUAUAUUGUAAUGCGUAUCAUCUACGUGAAGUGACAUGUUCAAAUUUGAAAAAAAUGAGGAAUGUACAUGUUUAUCAUUAUUACUGUAUGAAAUUAAGAUACGAAAGCGUCGCGCACAUUUAUUGAAAGGGGAUUGAAAAAUGAAGUAUGCAGUUUUCGGUUUUUACAAGUAUGUAGAACUAUUGAAAGUAAGGCGUUGUGUCGAGGUAAAUUAUACUUUUUUAUUUCGUGACAUACAACGGACUUCGAUAAAAUUCUAUUGAGGUAGCAGUGAAAGAAGGAACGAAAUCAUGUGGUCUAUAAGGCUCUACUUAGAGGUUAGGCUGUAUAAAUAACGGUAUAUAUUACUAUAACUAUAUGUGUAUCUUUAAUAUUUAAGAUACGAGUUUUCCGCUGCAAAGAAGUUAUAAAAAAGUUUAUGGGUAACGUUGUAGAAUAUGUAACAUACUUACAAUUCUGCACAAUUCAUAAUCAAAUAUAUUAUUAUAAAAAAUGUAGUGGUUUAUCUAUAUUGAGUACAAACUACGUAAUUAUCAUAAAUUCCCUAAUCAGGGGUUUUAAAUUCUUUUUCAAAUAUUAUAAUUAUUUUUUCCCUUCCUUCCUUUUAUUUCAUUUUUCAGGAAUAAUGUAUAAUAUAAUAGAAAAUUUGAUUUUAUUCUGAAAGAAUGAGCAUAAAAAGAAUAUUAGGAACUUUAAGUUUAUGUCGCACAUCUAACUUUUAAAUAAUCUAAUGAAAAUUAUUCUACAAGUCGUACUAUGUGUAAGUGAAUUUAAUUUCCACUUAUAUCAGAUUAAUUGUUGUGCCAAUUUGUUAUGUUUAAUAACGUCGUAUUUUUGGCGCAACUUCUAAUUCGUUAGCUUUUGCAAAAAGAUUUUACAAUUAGUUAUUUCACUUUGCAGCGUGAAAAUUCAAAUAAUUGUUUUAUUAUACUAUUUUUAGUUGUACACAAAUUGUAUAAUUUAUAAACAUUAAAGGGGAUCUAUAAAUGCACUAUUCUAGUUAACACGUUGAAUGUAUGAAAAAAAUAUUAAAUGAGCUGUGAAUACUAUUGAAUUAAUCCUAAGGUUAAAUAAUACAUUUUCAUGGCUUUUUGCCUUGAUAUAAAUAUUACAAAUACUUUUAUA